GACAAUUUGAAUGAAUUGAAUAUCAAUGAGAAUAAGUUUAUUAAUAAAGAGUUAGUCAAAGAGAAUAUAAUAAUUGGCGAGAAAGCAGUCAACGAAAGCCCUGUCAAUGAAAAGUGCAAUACUAGAGCCAAACCUCGACUCAAUGAUAAUUGUCGACAAAAUCUAAGUCAACGAUCAAAAGAACGUAAAGUUCCGGCCAAUAGAGUGAGUCGAUUGGCAUCUUUCGGGAGUUUAGCGGUUGGUCUCGGAUUUGGAGCACUCGAAGAGAUCACGAAAAAGACUUUAGGAAACUCUUCGCGCUCUUCGCAAAGCAUUUUGGGAUCAAAUCCAUUGCUGACGGAAGCGAAUGCCAAUGCAAUACAAGUGCCGAGAUUGAGGUCUAAAAGUGUGUCAAUUAUGGGUAAAAAAGAGGAUCCAAACCUAUGGAAACACUGGACUCGAGUCCACAAACACGAUCUGAAUGGACGAGACCGUAAAAAGGACCAUGUUAAGUGUGUCCAUUGCGGUAAUAAACAGUUGAGACACGCCGUCAAAUGCCGCACACAUGUCAUCAAUUGUCUGAAGUGUCCGCAAAGACUCAAACAAGUGCUCAUCGGUUAUAUGGCUGACAAAGAUCCACAAAUGGCAGCGUCUUUGUGUCACUUACAGUCAUCGGGAACUGAUGGGUCUGUCAUUGUGAGGGAUAUGUCGCCCAACGUUGUCAUCAAAAUGAAUGACAUGUUUGAAGAGAUAAUGUGUGAAAACAAACGACUUUUGCGGGAAUUAUCGUUGAUUGUCCAUCAAUUGGAGACCAAAUACCAUGCCAUCGAUGAGCGACUCAGCGGUGGUCACGACAAUGAGGUGGGAGUGGCUGCUGAGGAACGGGUGGUUACUAUACGCCGCACCAAAAGGAAACUUAUAAACAAAUCCACAAAAUCUGAUCCAACCGUCGAUUCCGACGAUAACAUCGCCGACGAGACAAAUGAUGACUUCGGAGACAAUUCCGGUGAUGACGUCAAGGGAUCUGAUUAUGAUUACAAUCCUAGCGAAGAUCCCAACAACAAGAAGUUCCACCCUUUGACUGAUAAUGAGAGUACUGACGAGACAAUCGGUGGUGAAUCCACUGUUAACCCGCCCAUUACGCGAGUAUCGUUUGAUACUCCGAAGAAUGGCUAUAAACGCAUCGAUAGACGAGUGGUGUGUGAAUGGGACGGCUGUGGGAAGACAUUUCGAAAGCCAUGCGAAAUGUGGCAACACUUCCGGCGCAUGCAUACCAAUGACCGGCCCUUCCGGUGCCAGUGUUCCGCUGAGUUUGCUUUAGAGAUUGGACUAAAGGUUCACAAGAGGACGAGCCUCUUAUGCAGAGGAGACUUUCCGAGUUCACAAGAGGACGAGCCUCUUAUGCAGAGGAAACUUUCCGAAUUCAAUAGGCGCCGCGCUCUUGAAUCACACACCAGGAGAGGUCACCCACAGAAGGGGCCGUUCGUGUGCACCGGUUGUGGCAAUAUAUUCUUGAAUCAAAUGUAUCUCAGAGAACAUGAGAAGUCGUGCGAGAAGUUGCCGGAGAAGACACGUCUGUCAACGGUGUCAUUGAUUAUAUGCACGACAUGUGGCGACCCAUUCGAUACUCUGCGGGAACUGACGGCACAUAUAAAGGAAAUGCAUACAAAUGAGUUGCCCUUUAUGUGCACCAAAUGUGACCAAAAGUUUGCGAUUAAGUGUAAUCUCCGCAAACAUAUGUUGCGGACACACUUUAAGGCGAAAGGGAUAGCCCUUCCCCGCGGGUCCAAAGAUGAUGACGAAGGCUAUGCUCUUAUUUAUAAGUUUUGUUGUGAUUGGGAGGGCUGUGGCAUGAGAUUCAAGUUCCUGAAUGUGUUGCGAUCGCAUUACUUCAAGACUCAUCAAACGGAAACACCAUUUGGUUGUAAUAAAUGCGAUAAACGAUUUACACAGCGCUUUGAACUCAGCAAACAUAAGGCGAUCUCUCAUUCGACCGGUGCUUACAAACUAUUUCAAUGUGAUUAUGAUUGCGGACAACAAUUUGUUUACGAGAGCCAAUUGAUAGCUCACACCCGAAAAGUGCACACCGGGGACAAGCCAUACGAGUGUGGCGUCUGUGGCAAUAAGUUCGCAAUGAAGGACGUUCAAAACAAAUGGUAG